AGUAACUUUUUCCUUUUGAGUUGUUUCAUGGAGAAGAGUUUCCAGCGAUCUGCUCUCCUUGUGAGGACCUUGUCCAUCUUCGUCUUCUUCAUCCCGGUUUCAAUCUCUGUUCCAUUCAUCCUCUUUCACGGGAUUCGAGAUCAAUGCUCCAAUAGUGGAAUUAUUAGCUUCACAGAACUCCUUAGCAACCUCUCCAGCUCUCCUGGCUCUUGCUUAGAAAUAGGAAAUGGAGAACAAGAUUCAGUGUCCAUGCCGCUUAUGCAACAAGCGAGUAUAGCGUGUGAGAAAGUUAAGCAGAUGAAAGAGUUGAGUCAAGGUUACAACAUUGUUGCACAGUCUCAAGGAAACUUAGUCGCUAGAGGUCUAAUCCAGUUCUGUGACCAUGCUCCUCCUGUUCUUAAUUAUGUCUCCUUAGGAGGUCCUCAUGCUGGCAUAGCUAAUAUCCCCAAGUGUACUUCUCCAGUUUGCCAGCUACUGAAAACAGAUGUCUACAGCGACUAUGUUCAGGAUCAUAUUGCUCCAAGUGGUUAUAUCAAACUCCCUAAUGAGAUAUCGAAGUACCUGGAACACUCUAAGUAUCUGCCCAAGCUCAACAACGAGAGACCUAAGGAGAGGAACUCCACUUAUAAAGAACGUUUCACUAGCUUGCACAACUUGGUCCUUGUUAUGUUCCAGGGUGAUAAAGUAGUGAUGCCUAAAGAAAGUUGUUGGUUCGGAUAUUACCCUGAUGGAGCUUCAACACCUCUUUUGACUCCUCAACAGACGAAGCUCUAUACUGAGGAUUGGAUUGGUCUAAGAACAUUGGAUGCCGCUGGGAAAGUGAAGUUUGUGAGUGUCCCUGGAGAGCAUCUCCAAAUGGCGCAUGAUGACGUUGUGAAGCACGUCGUGCCUUACCUCCAGAACCAUCCUACUUUCCUUUCUUAAAGCAUGUCUCAAACCUAAAAUUUAAAGAAAGACAUUAUCUUAGUUAUUAUCAAAGAGAGUCAAAUUUAUGCAAAUAGUUUUCGUCUUGCAUAACGCCAGAGACUACCUUCUCAUACUUAUAACUCUAUUUCAAUUUGACAAAUCUAAAGAACUUCAAUAAAAAAAACUCGAUCAUGUUUAUGAG